AUGCCGCCCUAUGCAGCUGAACUCGAAACCUGGUGGUUAGGGACUGGCUAUGAAGCCCUUAAACAAUUAGUCGACGAUGAAUCCGAUGACCUUAAUUCUCGGCAGUGCGGCUUUGCGCAGCAGAUGAAAACGAGGCUUUUGGCAUUCGACAACGACCAAACUAUUCAAGCCUCUCUUCAAACAACCUGGCCUGCCAUCCGUGCAGCAAGAGGAGUCGACUAUGACGCGAAUAGUCGCAGAAACUCCAAGUACAUAGCUUCCAAUAUCUUUCGGAAGCCCAAGGAUGGAGGUAUCAACUUUGAACGCGCCAUGGAUGGCCUUGGCUACCUCGAUGCAAUCGAAGUUCGUCGCCUUCGCCUCCUUGAAGCUACCCGUACUGCCAUGGAGACCAUCUCACCGACAGAAAGCCAACGACAAAUGCUCCAAGAGCUUGAUAGGACUUCUUCCGCAAAUUUUCGGCUUCUACACGCCGGUUUCAGGGCCUGUAUCCUUAUCGAGGAAUUGACGAGAGAUUCCGAGUGCAGGAAGGAGAUUCCUCAAAUUAUGGGAAUACUCAAUGCGCUCGUGCCUUCAGACGUGUUUCUUGAAGACGAAGAUGAUGUCGACCCAACUCCACACUCACCGAGUCUUCGUGACAGUGUUCGGUUCUCUGUUUUUGAGCACCUGAUGUCCGAGAGCCCCUUCUCCCCUCAGCGGCAAGAAAUCGUUAAAAUGAAGCUCUAUGGCUGGUGUGAUGUCCCUGGAUAUCCUCGAGCCAGAGAUGCUAUGGUGCGAUACUCUGAAGAGUUCAAGAAGCUGGAAGGUGUAUGUUUGGCGAUCAUGAACGGCCUUGAACGAAAAGCUUUCAGCGACAGAUCGUAUCAUGUAAUAUCUCCAAACUCUUCCACAUUGUUUGAUACAGACACUUCACGUAGCUCUGGCUUUUCAGCAAAUGUAACCCAGGGCGCGAGCACUAUUUUCAGACCUGCCACUCCAAACAACCACCAGGACUCUGCGCCAACGACACCCAUAAGUCCUUGGGUUCCAUUAACUUCACAUCCUCUACUAAAAGGAAUGCCUGGAAGAGAGAUGAGCCCAGCUAAAACAGACGGCGCUCUUUUUGCUCAAGAUCUCAGCGCACCACCCGUCCUGUCCUAUCCUGACAAUCUCUCCAAAACAGAGUUCUUCCAACACCCAUUCGCCCGAAAGCUCGACAUGUCGCCAUACGAUCCCGACAGCGACGAUGAGGGCAACGACAUGCCACCAGUGCCCCCCUUACCACAUAUUCCCGAGAGGCUGAAAGCACAUCUCACACCCAGAGUUUUGGACAAGAUCAAAAAGAGGAUGCGCUAUCAGUCUGAUAGAUCCGAAAGGACAGACCUGAGUGGUGUGCCCUUUCAGGCACUGGACCAGCACAUGGGCACUUCCACUACACGCAAGUCAAGUGAUAGAAAGCGCUGGCCGUCGCUCAAAGCAAACAUCUCGGAGCCAAUAUCUAUUGUAGGCCCAUUUCCGGGGAGCUUGAGCUUCGAAGACAACGGCUGUGGGACCCCUAAUCAAUCUUCGAGCCCAAUACAGAGCCCCAAAUCACCCCAGAGACAGAUCACUGUGGGGGCAAGCACCCUGCAGCCUUUUCACAGAAGGGGGAGCAGUAUUAAACUAAGUUGCCAACUUAUGAAACCACGCCUAUCGCCUAUGGAGUACUGUCGAAUGUACCUGAUCGAGAAGUGCUUAUCUGGCUGCGAGAAUCGACUAUGUGAACUCCCACCCCCCGACAAACUGUGGUUCUGGACAAACUACUACAAGCAAUUCAUGGUUAUACCACAAAUGCCUAAAGUUAUCCGGCGCGAUUUGGAACCCAUGGCUUUUGGAGUCAAUGUAGAGAGCACUGCUACAGAUGCAGAUGCAGCUGACUCUGAUGGGGAAUCAGUAUCAACUAUAAGACCAGAAAUUUACUCCAAUGGGCCCAUGCGUCUAUCACUUCACUUUGGCGGCGAGCCGAUCAUUCUACCCACAUUCAUGGAUACCUUACGUUUCAAUUUGAGCGAUGCUCAGGUUAAGGAUGCCUCAGAAUUGGACAAAGAAGCGGGGCGUGGUCAUGUAGACGGUGAUCCUGGGGACAAGGACUUGGUUUUGCCACGCCGAGUGCCGGCUGGAGGAGAGGUCGAAGAUUGGCGGCCAAUGAGCGAAUAUGAACCAGUCGAGGACGAUGAGAUAUCAAGCGCGAUCACACCACUCGAGACUUCUGGGGACAAUAAUGUGACCGAGGACUUGGAUAAGACCACAAGGAGCACAGGUAAUGCGUCUCGCUUUGCAUCCAUCGACGAAGCAGGUAUAUGCAAAAAUCCACAAACGUCGAAUAGCCCUCCCUCUUCUCUUAAGAGUGUCAGGAAGAAAGAUGUGACAGAGAACUCGGAUCAAUCUAAUGGACAAGCCAACGACGACUCUAAUAGCUUCGGGCUUUCGAGACAGUUAUCACGCAUAUGCAAAGAGGAGUUGUCUGUUUUUGAUUUUGCCACCCCAAGGCCUAGAGGAACGCUUACAAAGCGUGUUGUUGAUACCCAACAAGUUAGAUUAAUUCCAAGUCCUAGCGAUAAGCAUCACCCAGGGCUUUCCGCUGACUUGUGGGAGGCCGACGCAGAAUCAAUCACGUCCGAACUUCGGCCAAGUCCUUUGCACAUCAACCGACGGAAACAUAGGGCCAACACUGACGAAUCCGAUCGUCGAUGGCCAAGAUUGUUUGAUAGGGGGGAUGCUGACCCGCCUACCACACUUGAGAUGCUUAGUAUCAGCGCCCCAACUAAGCGAGACGACUUCUUGGAUCUCGAAGUCGUCGAGGAUAACUAUGGUACUCCAACAGAAGGAGAUCGUACGCCUCGUGGGUUAGGACAUCAGGGACAGGGCCUCCUGCAGGCAACUCCUGCGCCAAGAGGCCUUCAACGUUCGGCUUCCACAAUUAUUACCCCGACACAGUCUGUAAAAAGGCUUGAGCACAAGGCAUCUUUCAACUUGGAAGCCACAGGACAAUCGGGCUUUACCCCGGAGCAUCGUAGGGAAAGUAUUCCCAGAGGGACAUUCCCCAGAUCUGGCAUGAUGCUCAACCUCCAGAGUACUCAGGAACGUCUUGGAUGCCCUCUUUAUGAGUCUGAUGGAAUGCAAUUGAGUAAAAGCAUAAACGAUACAACCCCAAAAGCAAGGCGCUUGCCCGAUUUGCCGGACCCCGGGCCGCAUGAGCCCAGUUUUGCCCCCAAAGAAUGGAUGAGGUUUAUCACAGCUACACCCCGAAAGUCCAGAACUAUGAAACGAAACGAUGGACGAACUGAGGACCAUAGGGAGGCUUCUUCUGCGGUGGAUUGGCGAAAAGCCUUGUUUCAGCCAAGUGCCACCAUGGAUGAGGGAGAUGUUGAGCGUUCAACAUCGGCCACUACGCGAGACUUCUCGCAGUCUCACAAGCUCCAGAAGCAGCCAUCGCGAGCGAGACUCACUCCCAGUAGCACUUACCGUUCAUCGAACCAGCGGCUCGAUCACUCAACUCGAGCCUUGUCCCCAAUACCUCCAAGAAGUGAGGCAGACGUUUCUGAUCGCAGAACCCCAUCACCCACCGCAUCACAAACCACUGUCGUUCCACAAACACCAUCCUCCAGUAUCAGCGGUAUCUUCCGCAAACGUAUACGUUCGGACUAUAAUCCCCCAGCCACGCCCCGAACACCGGCUGAGCCCACCUUGGCGUGGUCACCGUUUGCUAACUGCGAACCUGAACCGCCUUGCGCGUCACCGUGGGUCUCGGGCAACGGUGAAGGGAAAAGGGAGAAAGAGGAACGAGCGGCGUACUUCCGGAACAAGGUCGAGCGUGAGUUUCAGAGCAGACAAUCGCCAAAGAGAUUUAGUCGCAAGAACUCCCUCGAAUCUGCGUCUAAUGGGGACUCUACGGGUCAAAACAACGUGGCUGCCGAUAAUAGAGUGAGUAAGGAGAGUCUUAUACAAUGGAAGCAGUUCCUCGAAGAUGCCCCGGAACCACUAUUCUCGUCGCCUUUGCCACCCGUACCGCCUCUUCCUUCUGAGUCUCAGCUAAACUUCGCACUCGAUCGACUUCCCCAGACGCAAACCCCUUCUCGGGCAACCUCGAGGGUUGAAGCGACCCCAGCCGCUACAUAUCGCGAAAAGAAACCCCAGGGACUAACAGUAGAGACACGUAAGCUACGUAAAGCAAUGCGUGAGGGGGCACAGACCCCAAGCAGAAACAAAUCGAUGACGCCCGCCAGUGGAAGCAGCUUCAGGUCUGCGUUUCGUUUGGACGGAAGACGAAUGAGCUUUGGACGACCAGCGGCCGACCAUGAGUCCCAGGGUAAAGGGCGAGAAACCGAAACUUUUCCAAGACGCAAGUGA